GAACAGAGAAAGCUUAUACGCAUUCAGUCCUCCAUUUCUCUAGAAAAAAAAAAUCCUUUUCUCCAUUUCUCUCUGCUCAUACCACAAAUUUCUUCAAAUCUUCCAAUUCUCUAUGCUCGUUCCAUAAAAUGUGAGCCACAUUUUGGAGACCCAAAAACUCUAACUAGAAAUUGUGACUCCAUCAGGUAUGUUUUUCAUUUUGGUCAUAUAAUUUUUUAGAUUUCAUCUCCAAUUUGUUUAACCCAUUUGAUAAUUUAUAGGAAUCUGAGUUCUCUAAAGUUGAAGGAGGAAGGAAGAGAGUUCAAAGUCUGAAUAUUCACUGUAAGGGUAACCCGUUUGAAGGUUUUGAAGGUUUGAAGCUUGAAAUCACUUUGAGGGUAUGGAGCCAAAAUCACAAUAAUGAUUCCAGAUGACAUUGAUAGAGCAGUGGGUCCUGGGGAUAGAGAUAUUGUUAAUUACUAUGGUUUGACCAUGAGGAGCAUUAUCUCGUUCCGAGAGGGGAAGUGGCAAAAGAUUGUUUUGAAAUACUGCGAAGCAAUGUGGUUGAGGGUCAAGAGAAAAUUUGAAGUUUGUGGUGGACUGCAUGAGCAUAAGUUGCAAGGCUUUGUGAUAAGUAGUAUGCAAAGGCUUUUUAGAGCAUGGAAAGCUCAAUUGCACACUGACUACCUCCGUUAUGCUACUGAUGAAGAGAGAUUGUCUCAUCGACCUGAGGAUUUUCAGUUGGAGGACUAGAAAUACCCAGUAAAGUAUUUUGGAAGUGAAGAAUUCAAGGUAACUUAAUAACCAGUUUUUUUGAAGUUAGGAAAUACCAAGUGUGUUUACUCUUUGAAUAAAGAUAUCCUGAACUCUUGGCUUAGUGCAGAUUGUCAGUGAAAGAAACAAAAGAAAUAGGGAAAAGCAAAUAACUAAGCAUUCUUGUGGUCCAAAGUCUUUUGCAAAAGUAGAGGAAUCUACGGUAAGAAUACAGUUGUUCUCCUAUUAUUACAUAGACUGUUUUGUUAUUUAUAUUUAUCUGCUUAUACAUUUUCCUAUUGAACU